CCCGCAGUCAAUGUCAAAGAUGGGAUUGGUGGGAGCUAUAGGGGUUUCUUUGAUAUUCCUAUCGCUAACUCAGAUACCAUUUACUCAUGCAGAAGGACCAUGCAUAAUCACAUCAGUGAGUUCACCCAGCCCUUCAACGCUUCAUGUAAAAUGGGAUCGUUAUCUCGGGGCAACAACUUAUUUUUUGGACAUACGAGUUAUCAACUCGACAGACAUUGCACCUGUUGUGUUGACGUUACCUGGGUCCGCCAAAGAAACGGACGUUCACGGUUUACGGCCAGGAGCCCACUACAGCGUGACCCUUAAAGUCUUCAAAUUUUACUUUGUAGUAUGCCACGCUACGCAACUGGCGUCCACAGUGCCCGCAACCUCCCAGAUAAUAUACCGGAGGGCACUGUCCAGUACAAGCGUUCGGCUAGAGUGGGCCCGUGUCCCGACCACGGACACAUACAUCGUCUUGAUGGAAGGACAGGCUGGACAGAAUCACCAAAUGAUUUUGAGAAAUACCAGCGUGGUAUUCACCGGACUGGAGCCCAGGACAGUGUACAACUGCUCCGUGUUCACCGAGAACGAGGCAGGCAGGGGGCUUCGGAGCGCUCUGAAACCCAUCUUGACACUUGCGCCACCCCCAAUCGAUAUCGUCGUGCGGCAGAACGGCCGCCAGAGAGCCCGAGUGUCGUGGCAGCCCGUGGAUCGCGUUCUGCUGUAUCGAGUCUCCAUCCGGAACCAAGACCAGCCAAACAGUGAACCGAUGGUGGCAAACGCAACGGCUCCCCAUCUGGACUUUGACACCCUGUCAUGUACCACCUAUGACAUCUCUGUGUCCUCGUUCCACCGAUUCCUGCUGCCCGGAGAGCCCAACGAUGUCUCAUUCACCAGCGACGCCCCCAGUGCCGCCAGCGGUGUGGUGGUGGACUACAGAUGUUCCAGCAACACGGCGGUGGUCUCCUGGGUUCCCGUGGUCGGAGCCGACUCCUACCGGGCCACGGCGACCCACAACGGCACGGUGAAGUCCUGCCUCAGCCGGGGCUCCCAGUGCCAGAUCGAGGGGAUGGCCUGCAGCCAGAGCUACGUGGUGUCCGUCAUCACCAUCGCCGGGGACUGCGAGAGCCGCGGAAACUCAACCACCAACUUUCAGACGGUGUCCUGUCCUCCGGAUAAUCUACAACUGUACAGAGAGUGUUCCAUCAAUCUCAUCAGCUUAUCCUGGGAUCGGGUCAAUCACACAGAUCACUACAUAGCGACGCUGGUGGACUCAAUGGGAGAGAUCCAGCACUGCAUGACGGUUGGUACAAACUGCAUCUUCACGAGGACGACAUGUGGGCGGAGCUACAACUUCACAGUCUCCUCCGUCACCGGAGACUGCUCCAGCCAGUCUAGUCCGCCCUCUUUUAUUAGGACAGCACCCUGCAACCCCGAAACCUUCACCACCAGUUCCAGCUGCCAUUCGGACCAAGUGCUGGUCACAUGGGAGCCAGCGGCCGGAGCCUUUUACUACGAGGUGAUCGCCCUCGGCAACCAGGGCCCAAACGACCUCCGAAACUGCAGCUCCACCGGCACCAACUGCACCAUGCACGGCAUCCAGUGUGGCCAGCAUCUGACCACCAGCCUGACCGCCUUCGACGACGAGUGUGCCAGCAGAACCCUCGUGAACACUGUGUCUGAAACUGGCCCGUGCGUUCCCCAAAACGUCUCGGCCACCAUGGACUGCGGCACCGACUCCAUCACGCUGACCUGGGAGGAGGCGCCCGGCGCGAUGUUCUACACCGGCCUGGCGGUGGACGCGGCGGGCCGCAGGAGCGUCUGCCAUACCCUCGGCACGUCCUGUCAGGUCGCGGGGCUGCAGUGCAGCACCGCCUACGCCGCCUCCGUCGUCUCCUCCAACUCCCGCUGCAACAGCUCCGAGAGCGACAGGGUCACCGUGGAGACGGCCUCGUGUCCCCCAGACAGCGUCGUCGCCACCUUGGACUGCGGGGCCAACCAGGCGCUGGUCUCCUGGGGCAGCCGGCCCGACAGGGGCUCCUACACGGCCACGCUGGUGGACCCGGAGGGCAGCCUGCGCAGCUGCAGCACCACCCAGCACAACUGCACCGUCACCAGCCUGCGCUGCGGCCAGCGCUACACGGUGGCCGUCAACCAGCACGACGGCGUCUGCCCCAGCAUGCCGUCCAGCCCCGUCCACAUGGACUCUGUUGCGUGCGGUCCGAUGGACGUGAACGCCAGUGUGAGCUGCGCCUCGGGGACCCUGGAGGUGGGCUGGGGCGCGACCCCGGGCGCCGACCGCUACACGGCCGCCCUGACCCGCGGCGACGGCCAGACGCUGUACUGCAACGCCAGCGUCCCGCCGUGCAGCAUCGCGACGUCGGACUGCGGGCAGGAGUACAGCGUGCAGGUGAUGUCGUACAGCGGAACCUGCAGGAGUUUCCCCAGCAACACGUCCGUCGUCAGGGAAGCACCCUGCGUCCCCACUGACCUGGUGGUCGAGUGGAUCUGCGGCAACAGCAGCGCCGACGUGAGCUGGCGGGCGAGCCGCGGCGCCCUGCGCUACGACGUGAUGGUGGCGGCGGCGGGCGGCGGCGGGGAGCGUCUGGGCUGCUCCUCCAGCGGCAGUACCACCUGCCGCCUGCAGGGCCUGACCUGCGGCCGGAUCUACAACGUCAGCGUGGUCGCCGUGGGCGACGGCUGCUCCAGCCGGAGCGAGGCGGUGGCUCUCCGUUCAGAGCCCUGCCGCCCCUCCCAGCUGACGGUGCGUAUGGACUGCCUCACCAACGACGCCCUGCUGACCUGGGACCCCAGCGCCACCGCCACCUCCUACUCGGCCCAGGCCACGGGCCCCGGGGGCCAGGAGCUGAGCUGCGGCCCGGAGCCCCGGUCCGCCUGCCUGCUGACGGGCCUGCGCUGCGGCCAGCGCUACGCCUUCACCGCCACCGCCGCCGACGGCCGCUGCCCCGGCGCCAACAGCCUGCCCCUGGAGCAGAUCACUGCCCCCUGCGUCCCCACCGGUGUGCUCCCCGUCGUGGACUGUAGCACCAACGCGCUGGCCGUGAGCUGGACGCCCUUCUCCAUCCCGGUGAACUACAGCGUCACGGCCGUCGACCGGACUGGGGGCUCCGCCUCCCUCUCCUGCUCCUCCGUCGGCGGCGGCGGCGGCGGCUGUGUGGUGGCCGGCCUGCUCUGCGGCCAGCAGUACUCCGUGACGGUCCGGGCCCAGGGAGACCUGUGCCCCGGCCCCAGCAGCGCAGCGCAGUCGGUCCGCUCCGGUAUGAACCGGACUGUGCCCUGCGCCCCCGCCAGCCUGCGCCGCGUCAUGAACUGCCUGUCCAAUACGGUGCAGGCGUCCUGGGACCCCGCCCCCGGCGCCCUCAGCUACGUCUCCACGGUGACCGACGCCCACAACGACUCCGCCUCCUGCUCCACGUCCUUCCACGGCUGCUCCUUCCCCGGCCUGACGUGUGCCCGGACGUACAGCUUCUCUGUGGUCGCCCUCGGCAACCAGUGCAACAGCUCCGUGAGCCACGGAGCUGCCGUCGCCACCGCUCCAUGUGACCCAGAGAACGUGCAGGCCAGCCUGGACUGUAACUCUGGCGUUGCCAUGGUGACCUGGACGGCCGGCCCUGGUAGCGUCCCCUACUACACGGUCGUGGCCUCGGCCAGCGGGCAGCCUGAGCACAGCGUCCAGACCAACGUCACGUCCUGCGGUCUGGACCAGCUGCGCUGUGGAGCGGAGUACACCGUGGUGGUGCUGGCCGGAGACGGGAGCUGCAACAGCAGCAUCUACGCCUCCACCACCGUGACCACUGCGCCGUGCGCGCCCCAGAUCCUGAGCCACGAGAUGCUGCUGAACUGCUCCAGCACCCGGGCCCUGGUCGCCUGGGCGCCGGACGCCCACGCCACCUCCUUCUCCGUCAGCGCCACGACCGCCGGGGCCGCCCCGGCCAACUGCUCCUCCUCCAGCUCCUCCAGCUGUGUCCUGGACGGACUGUCCUGUGGGAGGCGCUACACCGGCGCGGCCGUCGCCCUGGGGGACCGAUGCCCCAGUGCUCCCAGCACCUCGUUUGAGAUCCUUACAGCCCCUUGCAGCCCGACCAACGUGGUGCCCUCGUACACCUGCGGCUCCAGCAUGGCUCUGCUCCGCUGGGACGAGGCGCGCGGCCGGGAGACCUUCUGCGCCACCGCGCGCGCAGGAGAGCACACCGACUCCUGCACGUCCGCCGAGACCCACUGCUCGCUGCUGUCGCUGCUCUGCGGUCGGCUGUACGAGGUCAGCGUGGACGCGGUGGCCGCGCACUGCAACAGCAGCCGAUCAGGAGACGCGGUGAUCCAGACAGCCCCCUGCGCCCCCCAGAACGUCAGCGCCUCCCUGGAGUGCAGCGGCAACACCGGGCGGGUGAGCUGGCUCGCCAGCGGGGGGGCGACGCGCUACGAUGUGCAGGCGCUCGGCCGGGACGGCGACAGCGUCAACUGCACCACCAACACCACCACCUGCAGCCUACCCGGCAUGCACUGCGCCGUCACCUACACGCUCACCGUCACGCCCUACUCCGACACGUGCAGAGGCUUCGCCAGCACCCCGAUCCUGUACAUCGCAGGCCCCUGCCCCCCCCUCGGUGUGGCGGUCUCCCUGACGUGUGAGGGCAACGUGGGCACGGUGAGCUGGCUGCCCGCCGUGCUGGCCGACUCCUACCAGGCCUGGGCCACCGGGCACGGACACGCCCACACGUGCAACGCCACGGGCGGCGCCACCCAGUGCUCCUUCACCGACCUCCACUGCGGCGAGACCAACGCCGUCACCGUGGCGACCACGGAGCGCGGCUGCCAGAGCGCGCCCAGUGCGCCUGUGUCGCUGGAUUCAGACGUCAUCCAGGUGAGCUGGGACCCCAGCCCGGUGAGCAGUGUACUGUAUAACCUUCACAGCGGGGGUAGCGUUACCCCCCUCCCCGGGACGUCCUACACGACCGGCCUGCUGCCGUGCGGGGUGAACGUCAGCUUCGCGGUCUCCGCCCAGGACCCCAUCUGUACCUCCGCCCUCAGCGAGACCCUCACGGUGGCCUCAGUUCCCUGCGCGCCCUCUGACCUGAACGCCAGCACCCAGUGUGGCACCCAGAUGGGCCUGCUGACCUGGCGCGCCGGCGUGGGCGCCACGGGCUACGUGGCCACGGCGACCGGGGACAACGGCCACGUCUCUUCCUGUUCCUCCAACGGCAAUUCCUGCUCCGUGUGGCUGGAGUGCGGACAGGACUACACGGCCGCCGUGUUCUCGUCGACCUCCGACUGCAACAGCAGCACUGCGGCCACGGUCGACUUCACCUCAGCUCCCUGUCUACCCACUAACAUCGAGGCUGUGUUGGACUGCAGCAGCAACUCGUUUGCGUUGCGGUGGGAUGCCCGGGCGGGCUCGUCGGUCUCCUACAUGGCCGUCGCCAUCGGCACUGACGGCUCCCGCCUCGGCUGCCACACCUCCUCCACGGAGUGCCCCGUCACCGGGCUGAGCUGCGGCGUCUCCUACGGCAUCACCGUCAUCCCGUCCACCGCCAACUGCGGCAGCAUCGACUCCGCCGACUACCACAUCCAGUCAGCCCCCUGCCCGCCCCAGAGUGCCUCCGUCGUGCUGGAGUGCAGCACCAACAUGGCGACGGUGAGCUGGAGCGGCACUGGCCCCGCCCAGGACCAGGUGGUCACGGCGGUGGACACCCGAGGCAACGUCGCGCGCUGCUCCACCCCGGGCACCAACUGCACCUUCGGCCAGCUGAGCUGCGGGGAAACCUACGCCCUGACGGUGGUGGGCCACAGCCCGACCUGCCAGAGCAAUACCAGCGCCGCCCUAAGCCUCCACUCUGUCACCUUGGACUGUAACACCAACAUCGCCGUGGUCACCUGGGACUCCGCACGCGGUGCCGUGUCCUACACCGUCUCCGCCCGGGGCGGCCUCGGCCACGACAGCACCUGCCCCAACGCCGACACCACGUGUGCCUUCAGCGACCUGCUCUGCGGCCAGGACUACAGCCUGACGGUGGUCGCACACAACCCGGACAGCUGCCACAGCGCGCCGAGCGAGAACACCACCACCACCACAGUGCCUUGCCACCAGAGCGGCCUGAGCGCCUCCCUGCAGUGCAGCACCAACACGGCGGUGGUCUCCUGGACCCCCGCCGUCGGCAUCCUGACCUACAACUCCUCGGCGGAGGCCAUAGACGUCACGGACGCCCGGAGCUGCGCCACCAGCGGGCCGGGCUGUAACAUCAGCUCCCUGCUCUGCGGGGAGAGGUACCGGGUCAUGGUCAGCGGGCAGGGGCGCACCUGCCCCAGCCCCGCCGUGGACUGGAGGCAGAUCAUGACAGCCCCCUGCCAGCCCACACUGCUGAGCGUGGUGUCGUCCUGCGACUCGGACAGUAUCGAGGUCUCCUGGCGCUCGUCGCAGGGCUCGGACAACUACCGCGUGGUCGCCGAGGCCCCCGACGGCUCCAACCUGAACUGCACCACCGGCGCCACCGACUGCCGGAUCGCGGGCCUCCGCUGCGGCCAGCGCUACAGCGUGUACGUGGUGGGCGUGAACGCAGGCUGCCCCGGGGAACGGAGCCAUGCGACCAUGCUGCAGACCGCCCCCUGCGUGCCGCGCAGCGUGGUCACCGAGCUGGACUGCCGGGCGGGGAGCCUCAACGUCACGUGGCAACGGAGCAGCGACGCCCGGGGCUACGUCGCCACGGUGACCUGCGUCCGCACGGGCCACCCGACGUCGUGUAACACCACGGAGACCCACUGCCUGGCCGCCGGCCUGGAGUGCGGCGCGGACUACAACGUCACCGUGCUGGCCUACGACCACGCCUGCAGCAGCGCCGCCAGCCCGGUGCAGCUCGUUGCCACGGCUCCCUGCCCCCCGCACCUCUUCGACGCGCCGGUGGACUGCGGCACCAACGUGGUCUCCGUCUCCUGGAACGGCAGCACGGCCGGGACGCUGUACACCGCCGCGGCGCUCGGCCCGGACGGCCAGCGGCACAACUGCACCGGACGCACCGGCUGCUCCCUCAGCACCCUGGGGUGUGCCACGGAGUACAACGUCUCCAUCACCCCCGCCAGAGGGGCCUGCAUGGGGUCUCAGAGCCCCACGCAGCUCGUCAGAACAGCCCCCUGUGUGCCCCGGCUGAGGGACGUGGAGAUGGACUGCCUGUCCGAAUCAGCCUGGGUGAAGUGGGAGGCUCCCGUCCGCAACCUGGGCCAGAACUACACCGUCACGUGCACAGACCAGCUGGGCCAAGUCGAGAGGUUUGAGUGUUCCGACACGCUUGGUCUUGUUUGGUGCGCAGUACCAAACAUGACCUGCGGGCGGCACCUCAACUUCACCCUCACGGCCAGCGACCAGCAGUGCCGCAGUGGGCCCAGCAACGUGAUCAUGACCGAGACCGCCCCCUGCCCGCCCCUGCACGUGAGAGCGGCGGUGGGCUGUGAGAACCGCACGGCGAGCGUGUCCUGGCGGCCCAGCCCCGACGCGCUGACGUACACCGCCACCCUGGAGCACGCGGACGGCCAGACCACCUGCUGCACCACGGCCGGCACCGGCUGUGACAUCGCCGAGCUGCCCUGCGGAAACAUGUUCGUGCUGCUGGUCACCGCCGAGGGGAGGACCUGCAACAGCUCCCAGAGCCCCGGCAGCAUCAUCAGGACAGAGCCUUGCAUCCCGCUGAACCUGCGCGCCGACCUGAGCUGCAGCAGCAACGUGGCGUCCAUCCGGUGGGACCUCAGCCAGGGGGGACAGCAGUACCGCGUGGAGGCGCGGAACGGCCAGGGCGACCUCGCGGACGAGUGCCGGAACUACGAUGACAACUGCCAGCUGACGCGCCUGGCGUGCGGACAGCUGUACGCGGUCACGGUGGCGGCCGAGAACAGCGACUGCACCAGCGCGCCCAGCGACAGCGUGGAGAUCAGAACCGCACCCUGUACCCCGGCCAACGCAUCCGUCGCCGUGGACUGCGUGGACAACGCGUUGACGGUGAGCUGGAGCCAGAGCUCCGGCGCCGACUCCUACAGGGCCACCAUCGUGGACGCCAACGGCCAGAACAGCAGCUGCGUGGCCAUGGCGGCGGGGAACUGCAGCCUGAGCGGGCUCAGCUGUGGAAAGAUGUACCGCGUCUCGGUGGUCGCCUCCGACGGGGUCUGUGACAGCCCGCCCACCGACGUCAUGGAAACACACUCGGCGCCCUGUGAGCCCGGCAGCGUCGAGGCGCUGAUGGACUGCGCCUCUCAGACCGCCCUGCUGUCCUGGGGCCGGGCUGCGGGGGCGGUGGGCUACACGGUGACCGCCAGCUCUGUCUUCCUGGGCGACGCCGUCACCCGCAACACCAGCGCGACCACGGUGGCCAUGGAGGGGCUGCAGUGCGGACAGGCGUACUUCGUCUUCGUGAAGACCCGAGGCGACACAUGCGACAGCGGCUUGGUGCACAUGAGUGGACUGCUGCUGACCCAGCCGUGCGUGCCCAGCCACAUCUACACGGCCUACACCUUGGGCAUCGGCCAGGUGUCUUGGGACCCCGCGGCCGGGGCCGACCGCUACACGGCCCGCGCCGUGACCAGCGAGGGCGCGGCCGUCUCGUGCGACACAAUCGACACGAACUGUGACCUGCAGGGCUUAAACUGCAGCCAGCUGUAUAACGUGAGCGUGCAAGCACACAACAGCGCCUGCAACGACAGUGUGGUGUCCCUGGAGCCGGAGGUCAUCCCGACAGAGCCCUGUGCGCCCUACGGCGUGCUCACCAGGGUGGAGUGCGACGCCGACACCGCCACGGUGAGCUGGGAGAGCAGUCGGGGAGCGCUGAGCUACGUGGUCAACAUGGAGGGCCGCAACGGCCACUCCCUGUCCUGCCACACCUUCACCACCUCCUGCACCCUGGACGGCGUGCACUGUGGCACCGUGUACUACGCCUCGGUGGUGGCCCUGGGGGACCGGCUCAACAGCUCCGGCUUCAACACCGUCGUUAUGGCGUCAGCUCCGUGCGCGGCGGCGCAGCUGGAGGUGGAGGUGGACUGUCUCAACGACACGGCGGCGGUCAGCUGGGUCCCGGCGCUCGGAGCCGUCUCCUACACGGCGACGGCCACCGCCGCCGACGGCCACCGGCAGGAGUGCGAGUCGCAGGGCGCCUCCUGCCUGCUGACGGAGCUUCAGUGCGGCCAGGUGUACAGCCUGGUCCUCAGAGCCAUCAACGAACAAUGCCAAACCCUGAGCACAGAGGACGUCACCUUCAGCACGCGCCCCUGCCCCCCACAGCGUCUGGGGGUGGACCUGCUGCGUGGGGCCAGCUCCGCCCGGCUGCACUGGGAGCAGCAGCCCGGCGUGGAGAACUACACGGCCACGGCCCUCUGCUCUGAUCACGCAGAGGUCACGGAGUGCGUCUCCACCAACGGCACCUGCGAGUUCAGCGCGCUGCACUGCGGCGAGAGCUACCAGUUCUCCGUGGUCGCCCACACCAGCAUGUGUCCGAGUGAGGUCAGCGGCACGGUGGAGAUACAGACAGAGCUGUGUCAGGUGAGCCUGAGUGUGAACGGGUCGUGUGACAGCGAGACGCUGAUGAUGAACUGGACGGAGGCCACCGGCGCCCUGACCUACCUGAUCACCGCCGAAGGAGACCUGGGUUGGGUCAGAUACUUCCAGACCAACGACACCAUGCUGGAGGUGGAGCUGCUGUGCGGACAGAGCUACACCUUCACCGCGCGAGCGCAGGGGCAAAGCGGCGACGGGCCUGUCAGCGAUCCGGCCCAUUUCAUCGCAGCCCCGUGCACGCCCCACGACGUCGAGGCCUUCGUGCAGUGCGAGGACCACCUGGGCUCCGUCAGCUGGGCCCUCAGCGACGGCGCCGACACCUACACGGCCGUGGCCAUCGCGGACGACGGCCACUCCCACAUGUGCCACUCCCACAACAGCACCUGCACCUUUGACGACCUGCACUGUGGCGAGCGCUACCAGGUGCACGUGGUGGCCCACGACCAUGUGUGCUCCAGCGCGCCCAGCAACAGCACGUCCAUACGCAUGGCGCCCUGCAUACCCCAGGGCCUGCAGGCGACCCUGGACUGCUCCAUCAGGGUGGCCACGCUGACCUGGGACCCCAGUGAGGGCGCCGUCGUCUACAACGUCACCGCGGAGACCAGCGGCGGCCAUGUCCUGAGCGCCGGCACCGCGGGCACAGUGGCGCAGUUCUCCGACCUCCAGUGUGGCCAGACGUACUUCCUGUCUGUGCAGGGGGUGGAAUCUGUGUGCCGGAGUGUCCGCAGCCCGGCCAUCACCCUGGACUCAGGGCAGAGCGUAGCCCCCUGCCCCCCCACCAACGUCAACAGCUCCAUGGACUGCCUCUCCAACAUCGCCGUGGUGACGUGGAGCGCCUCGGCCGGGGCCGAGUUCUACACGGCCGCCGUGACGGACUGGCAGGGCGGGGAGACCUGCAUGUCCUCCUCGGAGCAGUGCGGCAUGCCCAACCUGGGCUGUGGGCAGAACUACACCGUCACCGUCACCGCGCUGCGGCAGAACUGCCCCUCGGAGCCCAGCGCCCCGAGCACCCUGCAGUCAGUACCCUGCCUCCCCAGCGGGGUGGACAUCGUGAUGAACUGCUCCGCCCAGGAGGCUGCAGUGUCCUGGAGCCCCAGCCAGGGGGCGCUGUCCUACGCCGUGUCGGCCAUGAGCGCGCUCGGGGAGAUGUCGAGGUGCGCCAGCACCGGCCCCGGCUGCACGCUGACCAACCUCACCUGCGGGCAGUCGUACCGCGUCCAGGUGUUGGCCCUGGACAACAUCUGCUCCAGCCUUCCCAGCCAGGUGGCCAUGUUCAGCACAGAGCCCUGCCGGCCUGUGAUCACGUCCACGGUGCUGGACUGCUACACCGACACGGCGCUGGUGGAGUGGACGCACUCAGAGGGCGCGCUCUCCUACACGACGACGGCGCGCUCGGACGGCGACCACGUGGUCAACUGCACCACCAACUACACCAACUGUGAGCUCGGACCUCUGGAGUGCAGCCAGACGUACACGCUGAGCACCGUGGCCUCGGGCGACACGUGCAACAGCGAUGUCAGCGGCAGCGUGCAGCUCCCCUCCGUGCCCUGCCCCCCGUCGGCGGUGGUGAUGGAGGAGGUCUGCUCGGCCCACAUGGCUCACGUGUCGUGGGACCCGGUGGUGGGUGCGGACUCGUACCUGGUGCAGGCCUUUGGCGUCGAGGAGCACUUCGUCCAGUGCGCGAGCGUCUCCGGGGCGUGCACGCUGCGCGACCUGCUGUGUGGCUUCACCUACAACGUCACCGUGCUCGCCGUCAACAGCGUGUGCAACGUGUCUGAGAGCGCCGUCUCCGUGUUGCCGGCAGAGCCCUGCGCCCCCAACAUGGUGCAGGCCGCCCUGGACUGUGAGUCGGGGGCCGUGGCGGUCUCCUGGGAGGCCAGCCAGGGGGCCCUCUCCUACACCGCGGUCGCCCAGGGCAACGGUUUCCCCGAGACACGCAACACCACGGGCACCACGUGUCAGUUCAGCGCCCUGCCGUGCGGCCUGUCCUACAGCGUCUUUGUGAGGGCGAUCGGCGAGGACUGUAGCAGCGCAUAUAGCACGGCGGUGCAGAUCGACUCAGUACCGUGUGAGCCCCAGCAGGUGGCAGCAGUGAUGGAGUGCAGCAAUGACACCGGCCUGGUGUCAUGGGAACAGGCAGAGGGCGGACUCCCGUACCAGGUCCGUGCGUUCGGCGCUGACGGCCACGAAGUCGUGUGUAGCAGCGCCAGCGACGGCUGUGAGCUACCCAGCAUGCACUGCGGCCAGCUCUACAACCUGACAGUGACGGCGCUGGACGGACAGUGUGACAACGUCAGAGCCAACCUCAACCUGCAGUCUGUUCCCUGCAGGCCCACCAACGUGCGCACCUCGAUGCCGCCGUGCCCCUUCACCCAGGCCUCGGUGGCCUGGGAGCACGCCAGGGGGGCCCAGACUUACGCUGUCCAGGCCGGCGGGGGCGUCUCCUGUAACGCCACGACCGCCACCAGCUGCCAGCUGGGCGACCUGCUCUGUGGGCACACGUACAACGUCAGCGUGGUGGCCGCCGACGGCGUCUGCAGCAGCCCGGAGAGCGCGGGGGCUCAGCUCAGCACAGCCCCGUGCCCUCCCCAGGACGUGUCUCUGUCCAUGGAAUGCGAGGCAGGUAUCCUGACGGUGUCGUGGGCCCCUGACCCGGACGCAGACGCCUUUGUGGCCACGUUGGUGAGCGACACCUCGGCGCGUCACACCUGCGUCUCCGCCGGGACCGCCUGCUCCGUGGCGGGCCUGCCCUGCGGUCGGCGCUACACCGUCACCGUGGUGGCGGCGAGGGCGGGCUGCGAGAGCGAGCCCAGCGCCCCCCUGGAGAUCUCCUCAGCACCGUGUGUGCCCCAGAACCCGGAGGGCCGGCUGGACUGCGUCACCAACUCCGCCUGGGUGUCCUGGGACAACACGGGAGGCGCCCUGCGCUACACGGCGCUGACUGAGGCGCUGACCGGCGACCACAACAGCAGCUGCACCGCCCAGCCGUCCGACGGCUCCUGCGGCAUUACACACCUCAAGUGCGGCACGGAGUACGUCUUCCGCGUGGUGGGGGCCAACGACGUCUGCAUGGGGGGCUACAGCGACAACUUCACGCUGGAAACAGCCCCGUGCUCGCUGGAGAACAUCACGGCCGUCCACGAAUGCGGCAGCAACCGGAUCCUGGUGAGCUGGGAGAACACGCCGGGCUCGCCGCAGUACGUGGUGACGGCCGAGGGCCCCGACCGGUGGCCCAUCUCCUGCAACAGCACCUUCAGCUCCUGCGAGCUGCAGGGCGCCGCCUGCGGCACGCAGUACACCGUCAUGGUGUCGGCCUCCUCCGACAAGUGCAGCAGCCUCCGCAGCCCGCCGAUGGACGUCACCACGGCGCCCUGUGUUCCCCGGAGCGUGGUGGUGGGCCGGUCCUGCGAGGACGACGGGGCGGUGGUGUCCUGGUCGCCGUCCCCCAUGGUGACCUCCUUCCUGCUGACGGCCACCGGCGCCUCCGGGGACGUGCGGACGUGUGAGACGGCGGACGCCACCUGCACGCUGGCGCGGCUGCCGUGCGGGGAGGCGUACACGGUCAACGUCACGGCCAGCGACGGCAACUGCACCAGCGAGCCCAGCGUCGACGUCUUCUUCCAAACAAUGCCGUGCCAGCCCACCCAGCUGUCCGUGGACUACCAGUGUGAGGCCAACGAGUCGGUGGUGUCCUGGACGCCCAGCGACGGCAGCCUGCAGUACCACCUUUACGCCAGCCCGGAGCUGGGGGGCGCCCCGAUGGUGUGCAGCACUCCUCACACGUCCUGCCGCAUGGCGCUGGAGUGCGGCAGCGUCUACAACCUGUCUGUGGUGGCGUCGGACGGCCUCUGCAACAGCUCCUUCAGCGCCCCUCUCCGCUUCGGGGCGGCCCCCUGCGCCCCAGACAGCUUGAGGGUCCGCGUGCGGCUGAUCGACGGCAUGCAGCUGGCCAUGGCGACCUGGCCGGCUGUGGCGUGCCCCGCCCCGGUGGAGUACCUGGUGUCUCUGGAGGGCCGCAUCCAGGACGACCCGCGGGCCCGGGUGGACCUGUGGUCCUACCCCACGGACCGGCUGUACUACGAGUUCCCCGUGCCCUGCAGCACGGUCUUCAACCUCACCGUGCGCUCGGUGAACGGGGGCGGGCUCAGCGUGGCCGGCCCGCUCUUCCACGGCCUCACGGCGCCUUGCCCUCCGGCUGAUGUGCAGUACAGCAGAGAGUCCUUCGACCAGAUCUCGGUGUUCUGGGACGAGUCCGUGUUUGCCACGGGGUACACCGUGUACAACAGUUCGGGGGCGAUUUGCAACACCAGCACAGUGUUCUGCCAGUUCCUCGAGGCAGACCCAGACAGCCUGUGGGUGACGGCGAGCAACGCAGUGGGAGAGAGCGAGCCCAGCACCAACAUCACGGCGCUCAGCACCCCCGGCUCGGUGCGGCUGGAGGCGCGGCCCGCGGCCUCGCUGUACGUGGCGUGGACGGCCGUGCAGGACGCCACCCUGUACACGGUCAUCGUGAAGCAGCCCAGCGCCACGCGGCCCGCCCUGGUCACCACCGUGGACACCGAGUUCACCACGGUGGGCGGACUGGAGCCCCUCACCCGCUACUGCGUCACCCUAGCGGCCAAGAACGCCCUCGGCCAGAGCCCCUACUCCACGCCCCAGUGCCUCGCCACCGGGGCUCCAGAAUGA